AUGAUAUACGACGACGAAGAUGAUGAUGAGGAAUGUUUACCAAUACCACGACGAUGUUCAUUAAUUGGUCGAAAUCAAUUAACAACAAAUGAUUUCUCACCGGAUAGUGAAAUACCUCCUUCUGAUCGACGACAAUCACGUUUAUCAUUUAAUAAUUCAUUUAGUGCUGAUAGUGGCAUUGAUGAACAUAUUCCAACACCUAAACAAUUGAUUGAGUUAUAUGAAAAAACAAUUGAACUAGCAGCAAAGAAUAAAAUUAAUGUAAACAAUGCAUUUCAACUUUCAUUUGUUGAACGGCUACCUGAAAUUUUAAAUAUCAUAGGAUUUGAUAGCAAAAUACAAUUUAAUAAUAAUCAUGAUAAUGAUGGACCUAAUUUUAUUAAAGUUGGAUCUGUUAUUGAUACAAGUGCUAAGAUUUACGGUUUACGUGUUGAUGCUUUACAUAAUGAAACACAAAUAUUUAGUGGAAGUAUUCAAUCUCAAGAAGAAGACGAAGAAGAAGAGGAACCAAUAGAUAUUGAUUCUAAUCAGUUAAAAACAAUGAAAAAAGCAACUCAACAAGGUAGACAUUUAACAACAAUAUCAAUUCCAUAUGAAUUUAAUUUUUAUCCAUUACAACCAUCGAAUAUGUGCAAAUGGCCAGGUGGAGUUGGAUCCGAAACACUUUAUGCUGAAAUGGUUUCAUAUACUAUGUAUUCAUCAAGUGAUUUUCCUGUUGUUGAUGGUUUCGUUAAUUUUGAUAGUCGAAUUAAUAUGGAAUAUGUUGAUAAUGAAAGUAUACUUGAUGUAACUGCUGAGAUUAUGUGUGAUUUAAUUCCAUUGAGAGAAAUUAUUAAAGAAUACGAAGGAGAAAAUCAUUUUCUUGGAUGUCAAAUAUUAAGAGAAUUUACAUUUAAUGAAGAAUCAACAGAAUCAUAUAUUGAAACAAUCGAUGAAUGUUCAAUGUUUGAUAAUUUAAGUAACGAAGAUGACCAAAAUAUUUUAAGUGAUUUACGUGAUGAAGGAGCAAGUUUUCAUUAUCAAGAUUUACAAUCAACUUAUGUCGGUCCACCGAUAAUACCAUCAAUGGAUAUGACAUUACUACCAAACAAACUGUCAUUUGUCGAUUCUGUACCUAGUCUACUUCGUGAAAAGACUGACCCAUCCGAUUAUACCUAUUUUGAUGCAACGAAACUUAAAUUAUUCGCUGGACCGUAUGUAUGGAAAUAUAUUAAUCUUCUACCAGAUCUAAUUAAACCGUCAUUACCAACUAAUCAAAAUACAUCAAUAAAUAAUAAUCGUUUGGCAAAAACUUCUAUUCAUCCAUUAUAUAAAACAAGACGAAAUUUUAAAUUAGAUUUAUCUAAUCAUGAUAAACAACGAUCAGUUAAUGAACUAAUGGCAAUUAAUCCAUUGAGUAAAUCAAUAAUAAAAAAACAAAAACGAACAAUACUUACAAAUAUAUCUCAACAUAAUCAUCAAUUACGACUUUCACGAAGUUUCUGUUCUAUAAAUGAACUAAUGCGUUCAAAUAAUAUUCCGGAAUUAAUUUUUGAUGAUAAAAUACAAAAUUUAUUAAAUAAUUCUGAUCCAUAUCCAGUACAUGAUGAUAAUUAUAUAGCUGAUUGUAAUGAUGAACCUUUUGAUUAUAAUUUUACUCGUCCAAUUCAUUAUGAUAGAAUAGAAUUUGAUCGAAAUUUUACUAAAAUUGACACAAAAAAACUUCAAUAUCAAUUAAUAGAUGAAUAUAAUACUGAAUCUUCCAAAUCUUCGUCAUUACCAAUAACAUUUUCAACAUUAUGCGUUAAUCUUCUCGAUAAAAAUAGUCUUUCAAUAGAAAAAAAUGAACUUAUAUCAGCAUUUUAUUGUAUGUUAAAUAAUUGUAAUAAAAAUAAUUUAUUUAUGAAAAAUAAUAUUCAACAAGAUGAUUUAAUUAUACAAAAACAAUCAUUUGAUAAUUCAUUUCAACUAUCUUAUUCGCAUAUGAUACUUUAA